AUGGAAUCUGUUUAUUUGAAAAUGGCAACCAAAACGGAGCCGUACAAACGCUUCUUCUGCUCUUUUCCCGACUGCUCGGCUGUUUAUAACAGGCAGUGGAAACUGGACGCCCAUUUAUGUAAACACACGGGGGUUUGGCCCCACGCGUGUCACCACGAGGGCUGCGGUAAGUCCUUCUGCACGCCUUACCACCUGGCCCGCCAUGAGCUCAGCCACAGCGGCGUGAAGCCCUUCCGCUGCUCCGUGGAGGGCUGCGCGGAGGCUUUCACCACCAGCACGAACCUAAGAAGGCACGUCAGCCGCAUCCACGGCCGAGAGCAGAAGAAAUACGCCUGCAAGUUCCAUGGCUGCGGGCUGGAGUUCAAGAAAAACAAGCAGCUGAGGGCCCAUAUGUGUGAGCAGCAUAGGCAGCUGCCCCCUUACCAGUGCACCCAUGAGGGUUGCCAGAUGCGAUUUUCCGUCCCCAGUAAAUUGAAGCGACACGAGAAGGUACACAGAGGUUACCCCUGCGUGGAGGAGGACUGCCCCUUCACAGGGAAGACCUGGACGGAUUUACUGAAGCACAGGAAGGAGCAGCACAGGGCGGUUCUGAGGUGUGAGCACUGCAGCAAGGAAUUCAAGGACUCCUGGUUCCUCCACCAGCACCAGCGCGUUCACUCUGACACCAGGAUCGUCUACAAGUGCCCCAGGGAAGGCUGUGGCAGGUCCUACACCACCAUCUUCAACCUGCAGAGCCACAUCAGCUCUUUCCACGAAAACCUGCAAUCCUUUGUCUGCACUUAUGACGGCUGUGGUAGGGCUUUUGCCAUGAAACGCAGCCUCCAGCGACACAGCGUGGUCCAUGAUCCGGAGGGAAGGAAGCUGAAGAAGAGCAGACCAAAAAGAUCUAUCGCUUCUAGAUUGAGUGGCUACAGUGAAACAAAGAGAGUGGUAUACAAAAAGCACAGAGAACCUGAGCUAAAGCGUGAGACUUCUAAAGAGAAAACAGAGCAACCUAGUCCUGUUGUGUUGGUGCCCCUCAUGCAGGACACGUCUUUAAUGUGUGGCCCUGCUGUAGAGACACAUGGACUCACAAAUGUCAUGGCUAAUCCUUUAUCAGUGUAGAUUUCUAUAGAAGAAAAGGAAUGAAGACACUUUAUAAAAGAGUUUACAAUGUAUUUUUAUCUAUGGUCACUGAGAGAAUGGAAGGAAAUGUAUUUAUAUGUACACACACAUGUGUAAUGUGAAAAAAAUAUGCAUGUAUCUUGGGAGUUUGACAUUUUUUGGAGCCAUUUAAUAUUUCCAUGAGUUAUUUGUUCUCUGUACCUACUUCAUGUUCAGAGAAAAAUGAGGCUGGACCUUAUCCCAUCUGCCACUGUGGGCAAAGCAAAUGUCCUUGUCUAUUCAACAGAGAGAUUUCAAUGUCACAAUUGAAAGCAGUUGAUUAAAUUCUGUUUUGUAUGUUUCUUUCUUCAGGUUCCUUAUGUAAUGUUGCCCUUUGGUAGUGGACACAAUUUUAUUUUAUUUUUUGCAAAAACUGUAAAAUGUCCCGAUAAUUUAACUUGUACAGAAAAAAAUAAAUUUAAACUUGAAAACUA